AUGCGGAGUGCGUCAUUACGCCACUGCAGCAGCGUCCGCCCCUGGCCUUCGCUACGAAGCGGAUCUCUGUUUACCGGAUGCUUUAAUGUUGCUCUGACUCGGCAAAUUGGGCGGGAGGUGCGCCGCUUCCACAGCAGCGGCAGCGGCAGCAAUAGAGGCCACAGUAGUGCCGCCUCCGGUAUUAAUAUUCCAAAGGUGCCGCGCCCGCAAGGACUCGAGGGGUCAGCCACGAAAGAAGCUGCGAGAGAUGACCUCCCACCCAUUAUUGACACACCGGCUCCCCCACGGCCCGCUUUCUACGUCCCACCGGAGAAGCGCGAUCCUUCUGACGAAUCUCUAGCUUUCUUGAAGCCCGGCAGCCCGUUGCAGCACUUGGCGCAGCACCAAGUAGAAGCUCCGCUCCCUGGCGAACUCGACCGUGUCCCUUUCCUCGCUGCGCGCGAGAAAGCUGCGCUAACGUACAUGGACGCGGAUGCGGCGCGAGUGCAGAGCACCAGCGUGCACGCCGGGCAACCACUGCUGCACAGACGCUCCGUAGUGGACACAAGUAGCUACUACUACACCUCACCGCACGAGGAACUAGGCAAGGGGCCGUCGAGCACGGCGGGCAGCGUAGGCGUGUCCCACCGUUGUCGCCUUCACACACUGCAGGACGCCGCGCCGCGCAGUGCUGAUGCAGACUACAGGGCCCCGUUGGAGCACGGCGGAGGCGGCAGCACGCCCAAAGAGCGCAGCAUCUUCACCGAAUCGCACGAGUUUGCCGCGGUGGACAAGUCCGUAGACGAGACGGAGGACGAGAUGCAGCGCGCGGCGCCCAAGCCGGCCGUAAAGCAGCUGGAGGCGGACAUCAAGAAGCUGGAGUACUAUUAUGGCACUCAGCAGUAUGAGAAGCAGCUGGCUGACUUCCGCAAAAAGUACGGAGAGGACGGCAACGAUUAUAGCAAGGCAGCGGGCGGUCGAACCUACACCGCGCACGAGGUGGAUCGCGGUCUGGACACGCAGCCCAUUGAUUACCUGCGCAGUAGCCCCAAACUGCAAGUCCAGCUCGUUUCCGGGCUGCGUGCAUACGAUCCUGUUACCAUCAUGCAGCAACAAGGUGUCAUGCGCUUUCAAGGGUACGCCUUUCCUCCUACGGUGGAACUGGGCAAGCUGAAGGGCGACUCUGAUCACCUGAAGGUGUUGCACGACGCGCACAAGAGCCAUCCGCUGGUUGUGCGCGUGCGAAGGAGCUUUAAUGCGUUGAUUGGGCGAACAGACGCCCGAGACGACUACGUGGCUGAGGGGGAUAAACCAAAGGAGGACACCCACCUGAUGUAUCGCACCCUCGGUCUUGAUGCGGUGCAGCGACGGCAGAUGCGCUACAUGCUCACGGACUUUGACCACGCAGAUCGCCACACCACCUUCCACGUGAUGAUGUCCUACCCGUACACAGAUUGGCUGCAUGUGUUCUACAUGGUGUUGGUGGGCUGGUGCUUGUAUCAGCUGCAGGUGCGGUGGGGUGCCUACGGGUUUUACGAUGAGUACAUGGGAUUAGACUUACGGCAGGCCCCGCGGCUGGAGAAGCCGUUGCUGGCCGGCAUUACCGUUACCGUGAUGGUAUUUCUUCUCUUUCAGCCGCUUCUCGUGGCCAGCGUUGCAACCACGCGUGCGUAUCGUAUCAUCAUGCGACGUCCCAUUGGCCCACCGUAG